GCUGCGCGCACUCGGCUCUGCCUACUCUCUCUCUCUCCUUCUCUCACUCACACCCACAAUACUCCUCACGCAGCCUCCCACAUGCAGAAGAGGGAUUUUGAAUGCGAGCGUGUAUGCGCCGCCGCCGCCGCCGAAGACGUCCACCUGCGCAGGGAUGUGUUUUGAUCUGAGGGUCUACGUUCCUCAGGGGAAGCGGGGUUUCAGUGCUCUCGGCGUAGCUGCUCCACUGUAAUUGGCAUUUCUGGAUAGAUGUACAGGCAGACAACACUGGGAGCCGGAUGAUCGUUGUGCUUACAGCAGCAUGCAACUGCUAUACAGCAGCCGCGGUUCAGGUCUGUCUGUGGCCAUUUGUUGCUGUCACACCCCCUCUUUCUGCCUGGUACUGCCUCCUGUCAAUACUGUCACGUCUCCCAGAGCAGCUCCUUGGAGGAGAUUCGGCUGGACGGGGACAAGUUUGUGCCACCAGCUCCCCGGAAGGUGGAGAUGAGAAGAGACCCAGUGCUUGGCUUUGGCUUUGUGGCAGGCAGUGAGAAACCUGUGGUAGUUCGCUCAGUGACACCAGGGGGUCCUUCAGAAGGCAAGCUCAUCCCAGGAGACGAGAUCAUCAUGAUUAAUGAUGAGCCAGUCAGUUCAGCGCCCAGGGAGAGGGUUAUUGACCUUGUCAGGUAUGCUAACACACCAAGGAGCUGCAAGGAGUCGAUUGUGUUGACAGUUGUACAGCCGUACCCAUCACCCAAGUCGGCAUUCAUCAGCGCAGCCAAAAAGGCCAAGUUAAAGACUAAUCCUGUUAAAGUCCGCUUCGCUGAAGAGGUCAUCAUCAACGGCCAAGUCCCUGAAACUGUGAAGGACAACUCCCUUCUUUUUAUGCCAAAUGUCCUGAAGGUGUAUCUGGAGAAUGGGCAGACUAAAUCAUUUAAAUUCGACAGCAACACAUCUAUAAAGGAUGUCAUUUUGACCCUGCAAGAAAAGCUUUCCAUUAAGAGCAUUGAGCAUUUUUCUCUGAUGCUGGAGCAGAGAUCUGAGGGAUCUGCCAGCAAACUCAUGCUCCUGCAUGAGCAAGAGAUGCUGACUCAGGUGACACAGAGGCCAGGGUCGCACAAGAUGAAGUGUUUUUUUCGCAUCACAUUUGUCCCAAAGGAUCCGGUGGAGCUGCUCAGGAGAGACGCAAUAGCAUUUGAGUACCUCUAUGUUCAGAGCUGUAAUGAUGUGGUACUGGAGAGAUUUGGGUCAGAGCUUAAAUACGACACGGCCCUCCGUCUGGCUGCCCUGCAAAUGUAUAUUCUAACCAUCAACACCAAACAGUCACAGAAAGUUUCCCUGAAGUAUAUAGAGAAGGAGUGGGGUUUGGCCUUGUUCCUGCCUCCUGCAGUGCUUUCCAGCAUGAAAGAGAAGAACAUCAAAAAAGCCCUUACUCACAUCCUUAAAACCAACCAGAACCUAGUGCCACCUGGUAAAAAGCUGACUGCUUUGCAGGCAAAGGUGCAUUAUCUGAAGUAUCUCAGUGACUUAAGACUGUAUGGAGGACGAGUGUUUAAAUCAACACUAGUUCAAGGCGAGAAGCACACUGAAGUGACUUUGCUGGUGGGCCCAAGAUACGGCAUUAGUCACGUGAUUAACACCAAAACUAACCUGGUGGCACUUCUGGCUGAUUUCAGUCAUGUCAAUCGCAUUGAGAUGUAUACAGAGGACGAGAACAGAGUUAGAGUUGAACUUCACGUCCUGGAUGUAAAGCCCAUCACUCUCUUAAUGGAGUCUGUUGAUGCAAUGAAUCUGGCCUGUUUGACUGCUGGCUACUAUAGAUUACUGGUGGACUCCAGGCGCUCCAUCUUCAAUGUGGCCAAAAACACAGAAAGCCACGCAGCACGAGUAAAGCAGAACUACCAGAGCAUUGAGUGCACAUAUAGCACACCCCAUAAGGGAUGUGAAGACAGAAGCAUACAGCGUUGUAGUCAAGAUUAUUCUGACCAAGAAUGUGAAUACCUUGACCAUGGCAGAUGUGAAGGCCAACCAGUUUAUGUUACUGAGAUCCACCAACCCCAGCACACAGUCCACAUGGCAGAAAGGGUGGAGUGCUGCAGAGCCCCUUGCUCCCAAACUUACCUCAAUGUUCCAAGGCCCAGACCCCAAGAAUCCUCCAGGAGUGCAAAGGUCUCCUUUAUAUUUGGAGAUCCUCCCUUGGACAGUGUAAACCCUCAAAAUCUGGGUUACCAGAGACUCAUGGAUGAAAGCCCAGAGAUUCUAGACAAUCACAGUUCCAUGUACAGGCGUCUUGAGGACGACUAUAGGAUGAUGGAUGCCAUAGAAGAUGGGGAUGGGUAUCCGUACGCCACAAAAAUCUUUGGCCCUGCUGAGUGCAUCGAGGAGCCGCUGCUGCAUGAUAUCUGUUAUGCAGAGACAACAGAUGAGGCAGAGGAUGAGGAUGACAUAAGCUGUGAGGAGGACAUGGUGAUGAGUGACAUUGACAAGCCUAUGUUGCUCUCGCUCUCUGGGUCCAGUGAUGACAUCAUAGACUUGACCUCCCUUCCUCCUCCACCAGAGGGUAACGAUGAGGAGGACAAUGAUGUUCUGCUGCACUCUCUUAACUUGGCCAUAGCUGCUCCUCCUCCUGGCUUCAGGGACAGCUCCGAUGAGGAGGAGCAGCAGGGGGCAGGACCUCGGGCCCAGGGGGUUCGCAAUGACAUCCCAGUGUCUCUUAUUGACUCCGUGCCCACCCACCGGGCGGAGGGCCACGGGGAGCCUCUGGACGAUGCAGUGGUGUCCACCUUACAGGCACUCGAAGCCCUCGCUGCAUCGGAGGAACAAAGUCCGGCACAGUCAGAGAGUAGCACAGGUGUAGAGUUAUCGCGAGCAUUUAGUCCCGACUCCUCAGAUUCUGGCAACGAGACAAACUCUUCUGAGAUGACAGAGAGUUCAGAACUGGCUUGCGCACAGAGACACUCAGAAAACCUGAGGAUGUACGUAGCCAUGACAGAGGGAUACCAUGCCAUGAACGAGGAAAAGACAGAGGUGGCUGCAUCUAGAAAUGGGGGAGCGAGAGCUAUGCCAUACAACCCCCAGGAGCAUCAGGAGGAGACAAAGUCGUCUGCUGCCACCUCCUCCCAGAUGUUUCACUCAGACGGUGGUGAGAUGGAGCCAGAGACUAUGGAAAUAAAAUCAGUGAGUGAGUUCUUCACUAAGUUGCACAUGGGUUCAGUGAUGAACAGACAGAGGGGAAAACAGAAGGAAGCAGAGGGCAAAAGCCAAGGAGAUGCCUGUGAAUCCUCUGACAGGUCCCAAGUAAUUGCUCAAGACACCACCAAAGAGGACCCCCCUCAUCUGGUUGGGAAGUACAAUGCUUUCACUGUGAGAGAUUCCUAUUACAUGAAUCAGCUCGAUCUGGGGCGAACUCACUAUAAAGACCGGCAUCAAAAAUGGCAGCAGAGAGCGGCUGGAAACAAAAUGGCAGAGAAUCUCUCUGCAGAAUGUGUGAAUGAGUCACAGGCUUCCCACGCAGACAGGUUGACACUAAAGGGAGAGAAAAAGGACUCUGAUGAAAGGAGCCAACAGUUAAAUGCCCAAUUCCGCUCGCCGUCUAAAGCACCCAUCCCCGCAGAGGGCGACGCCGCUUCACAGGAUAAUGAGCAGCCCCAAAUGAAGAUUCCACAAUCCGAGCACGAUGUCACACGCUUAUACGACUACCAUGUAAGCAAGCGCAUGUCAUCGAUACAGAGCGAAGGCGUUCAUUCUCUGCAGAGUUCACAGUGUUCCUCCAUCGAUGCCGGUUGUAGCACAGGCAGCAGCAGCUGUGUCACGCCCAUGGAUUCUCCCCUGUGUGCCACAGAUAAUAUGCAUGUACUGUCCGAGUCCUCACUCAGAGGCCUCGGUUAUGUAACUGCUGAGGAGAAAUCUUACGGGGCACCGGGCCAAGCGAAAGCUGCCCAUCCCAUGGACCCCACCCUGCUGAGGAAGAUUCACGCAGCUACCAGCGCCGAGCCUGGCUUCACGAUCCCACGGGAUGGCAGCCACAGGAUGCCCAAAAUAAAAGAAACGACAGGUAAAACUAAACAUGUAGCUUGCACACAGCUGAAGAAGGUUGAAAAAGAGUCAUCUUUAGCUCUCUAUAAUGAGACCAGUACCACCACCACAACCAUGUCACCUUCAUCCUUACGAAGUAGCACAGAGCCCAGUAGGCUAACACUGGCCUGCUCUGAGACCGACCCACACGCCCUGGCUUUCCCGUCAAGUGGAUCAUCAUGUGAACCUACAACCGGCAGCCUCAGGAAGCCACACAGGGUCCGGAUGCUCAGAAGGAGCUGGAGCACCACGAUGCCAGGUUCCAGGAGCUUAGAAGCACUAAUAGAGAAAACCAAAGCCACACUUACAGGAAGGAGCAGUGGUCAGAAUUUGCAGUCUCAUGAUGAGCCAGAAUCGCAGAGGGAAUACUCUAUCAAAUCCUUGCCCAAGAGCUUGUCCCAGGGUUUACUAAGCUCUAAUUCAUCUGCUGAAGAGCUACUGAGAGGAGCCUCCGCAUUGCUUCCAGAGCCAGCGGUACCAAAGUUGGCUGUGCGGAGGUGCCACAGGCCGUUCAGUCAUUGCUUCCACAGGAGAAAGACAAACACAGAUGGUGAUAAUGACGGCAGAGAUAUGCCCUCACACACAUUGUUCUCUGUCAGCACUGUUUCAUUCUGUCCAAUGGAAAGGCAGAAAGCUGACUGUAAAGUAAAAAUGACCACUGAUGUGAAUGACUCCAGCCUCAAAGCAAGGCUAGACCAUGUAAAUUCGAUGAAGGGAAAAACAUACAGCCUCCACACAGGGUUUGCACUUGCACAGAAGGAUGCUUUAGAGAUAGUCGACGUGCUGCGUUCCAGCGUUGGGCGCUUGGCCAGGCGCGAGAGGUCAGAGGUCAACAAGGGUGACAUGGAAACGUUCUCUCAGCUGCUUUUGAUGCAGGCCAAACUACUAAGCAACUCCUGCAGUCAGAUGGCCGUGGAGUACAGCAGCCCCGAGGAGUUGCUGCUUACUCUGACGCACAGCUUUCACACGCUCUGCUGCUUAACACAAGCCUGCAUGUCAUUAAUGGAAGGCCUGAGCACUGACAGAGAGCGGCGCAAACUGGUGGCCAAGGUGGAUGAGAUCGUCAUGAACUACGUGUGUCUACUGAAAGCGGCCGAGGCAGCUGCAGGAAGCUCCCCUAGUGACCAAAGUGUGAAUGCAUUGACACAUCACUCGGCCACCAUUUCUACUAUUACAAGCUCACUAACUCACUCACUGAAAACAUUGCUCACCAAAUAAUCUGUUAUUUUGACCCAAUUAUUGAGUUUAAAGCCAUACAUACAAGACAUGGGUGUAACAACCAAUGUGAACUGCUGUGAAAAAAAUGCCUUGUGUAUACAGUAUUUUAUUAUGUAAAAUAAAUAUAAAAUUAUAUGAAUCAUUAAAAUUUUAAAUAGAUUAUAUUAAAGCCUCUAUGAAGAUACCUACAACCCUUCUGUCAAGUAUAUUACGUAAUAUUACAGAAUAAAGAUUAUUUUAUUGUUAUAUAAUGAUCUUACAUGUAGAUUAUUAAAACAUUAUUAGUACAUUGUUUAUAAAUUGUAAACUAUAUAUUAUGUUGGACAAAUGCACACAUGAUAUAUAACUGUUAAGAAAUCACCACACAGAACAAUAUGAUCAAAUAAAAAAAACACGCUGCCUGUUUCAUUUGAUAGAUUCAUGUUGAUUUAAUUAAUAGCUUACACAAAAACACUUUACUGUUAUUUUCUGUGAUCAUUAAAAGUAUUAAAACUUUUUAAAA